AAAUUUAACCCUAUCAGCCCUACGAAAAUGAUUGGCAAAUAGAAAGGUCUAUUGAGAAGAAGCAGAGUGAGUGCAGAGAGAUGGCUUGCAGACAGUUGUGGGCUUCAAGAGCUGCUUCCUACCUCAGGAUCUCCGUGUUUCACAGAAGCUUCUCUAACGUUUUGAAUGAUCUGAAGUAUGCUGAUUCUCAUGAGUGGGUGAAGGUUGAUGGAAAUUCUGCAACUGUUGGCAUAACUGAUCAUGCCCAAGAUCAUUUGGGUGAGGUUGUGUAUGUUGAAUUGCCUGAAGUGGGAGCCACCGUGACACAAGGAGAAGGUUUUGGUGCAGCUGAAAGUGUGAAGGCAACUAGUGAUAUUAACUCUCCUGUUUCAGGAAAAGUGGUCGAAGUUAAUGAAAAACUUACCAGUUCUCCUGCUUUGGUCAACACAAGCCCUUACAAAGAUGGAUGGAUAAUUAAAGUGGAGAUGAGUGACAGUGGUGAACUAAACAACCUGAUGGAUUCAGAAAAGUACUCCAAGUUCUGUGAAGAAGAAGAUUCCAACCAUUGAUAGCCUUGCCAAGUGCUUUCAUUAGUACUCUUCAUGAUGUUGAUCAUGUUCGACUAGGGAAGCUAAAAAUUGCUUGAUUUCUCCUCCUUUCGUUCAUGUGUCUUGAAUAUAUUUUUGUUUCUCGUGAGCUUCAAAUUCAACGGGCUAACAAUUUUCACUCUUUGCCUUAGAAAUACGAAAUUAAAAA